ACAUAUAUACAGAGAGAUUAGUAACAUCGCUAUUUCCCCGUACACGUAGUGGCUCCCUUUAUUCGUGACCAGUCAAGCGUACUCCUUAUCGAGAGCGCCUCGUCCCCUAUCAAACACGCAUUUGCACAGGUAAAUCGGGCUUUGCGCAUGUGUGAAUCGAUGUACCGGAAUUUCCGCUAUUAGUAUACACAACUACACGAGGUUGACACUUGACAACUGGAGAGACUAUAAUUGACACGGCGACAGCAGACUGAAGCCAUACUUCCUUAAGAUGGGUCCUAAAUUCAAGCCAGCAGUCAUCGCACAAAUCUGUCAACCACAGAACCACAGUCCAGAGGAAAUGACACUGACAAGAGUCCCGCCGAAGUGAAGGAAUUCGAACAGCAUGGAGUUCUUGAGAGCAUCUUUCACAAAGCAUUUACUGCUGCAGUCAUAUCUCUGGGUCAGGAUGAGUUAUCUGUGUUUCUUGGGGGUAAACAUUUUACCAAUUUGUGUGAGUUCACCACCUCUAAUGAUUCAGUUGAAACAUUCUUCAAACGUGUGUUUACAGAAAUUUUUGAUAAAAGUGGAAUGCAAUUGUCGAGCAUACAUGAUAGGGAGCAGCUGCUUAGAAACCUGCACAACAAGCGUGUCAAUGAACUCGUUCGACAGGAAUAUCUGCAGCUAUACCAGGAUGUACUAUCCGAUGCCAGUGCUGUCCAUAGUUUUGUGCAGUUGGUUUUCAUGGAGGUUCUGGAGAAAGUUUUAGUUGAGCAAAUUGCAGUACAUACACAAACUUCAGCAGAUGAAGCCAUGGUGAUUUCGGACAAUGACCAAACUGUUUUGAUGUAUAUGUGUGGGUCUAUCAUGCGAAUUUUGAAGAAAAGAUAUUCAAGAAUAUCGGACAGUGAAAUAAAAGUUGAGAUGGUGUCGGCUUUUGAGGACAAGAGAACAACAAAUGGGUGCAGUAACUUCAUCUCUCGCUACAGGAGAUGGAUUACCAAGAAAGAUAGGGGUGGACUUAUGUACCCGAGUGACACCUUCUUCUUGCUCAUCAGAGAACUGGAAAUUGUGACCAGGAAAAAAGUGUUGCCAAAUGCCCUGAACGCAAAAGCCCUCCUUAAAGGACCCCUCAAAGAAGCAAUCAUGGAGGACUUCAUGGUCAAGUUAUACACCAAGAAGCUGUUUGAUGGCCUCGACGAAAUUCAGGAUGUGACAUCCAAAGUGCUCGAGGAUGUAUUAAAUCUUUUUUUGACUAUCCGAGGAUUUGCUACUGUGCGCAUUCAAAGAAACAAACUUUCAAAAGCCUCUGCUGAAGCCAAAAGAACUAUGAAGAACAACUCCUCCAGCUUACGAGGACAAUUGAAAUCAAAAGACUUGAAUGCAUAGUAUAUAUAAUCUACAAUCAAAAGUUUCCGUCCCAUUUUGACAUUUGAAAUUGAAGCUGAAUUUCCAGUGAAGACGUUGUGAAAUGUAACCUUUUAAUUAUUUGGAACAUUCGUUAAAUGAAUUUUACGAUAAAAUACACAAAGUUCAUGUAAUAUAUUUGUAAACUAUAUAUUUUAGAUUAUCUCAACAUAUUUGCAAACAAACAAACAUUUGUCCGAGACGAAAAUAAAUGUCCAACAAUUGUUUUCAAACAUGAUGCAAUAAUAACGUUCAAAAGUUUCUAAUUUUUAUUGUAAAGACAAUCUUUUGACAUAUAAAGCAUCUUUUUUUUCUGUCAAGAUUUCAGGCAAUUUUUGAAGACAUGAUUUAUAUUUGCAGAAAUGGUAAACUUACAUAUGACAAGAACACUUUUUUCUUGAACAAAGCAGUACUUUAUUUAUGAAGAUGUGUUAUAUUUUAUUCUCAAACUGAUAACUUAAAUUAUAUGACAAGUUCCUAAUUAAAUGUUUCCUACAAAUUUAUACAAAGAGUUAAAGACUUAAGUUGCAUACAAGUCCAAUAAUAGAAAUACAAAGCAUUUCAGUAUUUUAUGUAUGUACUAAUCAGUUGUUUGCAAAAUAUUUUUAAAGACAUACAAUUAAAAUCCAUCAAAAUCAAAAACUUUAGGUGCAACAGAGACAAACAAACUGGAAGUUAUUUGUUUAUUUCAUUAUAAAAUUUUCACCACAGUGUAUAUGCUACAUAUGUAUUAGUGGAUGUUGAAACAUUUCAAAUGUUUGGCAAGAAAUGGGUCCAGAUCACCAAUUUGCAACAGUUUUUCCUUAAAUUAAAUAUGCAUUUAAGUUAAAAGUUUGUUUAAAUCAAAAGAUAAUAAAUUAUAUUUCUUUUGUUGAAAUAUUGUUUGCUUUCUGUUUACCUCAAUUUCAUUGUUAUAUGGUAUGUAUAUAUAUAUUCCAUGGUAUUUCAUUUUGGAUUUUAGCAAUCCUUUAAUAGUUUCUAACUUGUAAAAAAACAUCAUUUAACUUUAAUGACGAUUGUGUCCUCCUUUUUAGGUAAUAAUUUGGAUUAGCAUAUGCAAGACACAUACAAUAUUUAUGAUUUUUACACAGGACAUUGCCAAAAAAAAAACCCAAAAAACAAAACACCAUAUAUAUAUAUACAUAUAUAUACCAUAUAAUUUUGAUGAAUUCCACUUUUUUCUUUUGACUGAUUCCACAAUUCACACACCUGGGAAAUUCGAAGGUUGAAGGCACCUUUAUGUAUUAUCAACAUGUUAUGUCCAUGGUUAAGAGUUAAAACAACAAAUUUUCCUAUAGCUAUCAUUCAUUGUAAAUAUUAAAUCAUUUUUAAUAUUUGACAUGUUUAAAUUUAAUAGUACUAUUAAACAUGUCAAAUAUCCCCUAUACCUUUAAUCCAGGAACAGCCCUCAGUAAUAUUUACAAUAAUACAUAUUCCUACAUGGUAUAUCUAGACAAGUGCAUUGUUAAUCAAAUACUGUAAACAGGCAUCAGUUGGUCUGCAAAGUCAUGCGCAGAAAUCAACAAGAAAAGGAUACCGCUAUUUGUUAUGAAUAGAAUUUUACAACGCAUGUUUAAUUACUGAUAUAUAUAUAUUCAAUAACUUCAUCAAAUUACACAUGUACAGGCACACUUGAAAGUUUAUUUCAAUGAAUUGAUAAAUUAUUGGAAUUAUUGAUUAUAAGUUAAUUAUAGCAAUUUAAAAAUAAAUUGCAUCCAAGGAACAAAUGUAGAAUUAGAUUUUGCAUCAAUCUAGAUUUCACAUUUAUAUUACUAUAGGCUCAUGAUCAGGUAACUUCACAUUUUAAAGGGUGGCUUAGAUGUUCGAAAAUGAGAUAAGUAUAUAAUAUCAUUGCACAUGUCUUGUUUAAUUUGGAUCCACAAAACAGAUAUUUAUACAUAUUGAUUACAUCAACUAAUAAAUUAUGUACUUUGAUCGAUAGAAAUUAAUCACCAGUGGUCACUCAAUAAAUUUAAAUUCUAUCACUACAUAUAUACACAUUAUAAAUAUCAAUACAUUCAGAUUAAGUAUGAUAAUGGGUUUUAAAUUAUGUCAAACUUAUGACAUCAGUGGUGCUAUUCUCGCCACAAUAUUCAAAUAAUGAGGACUGUAUCAUUAGGUCAAACUAACUAUAAUUUGAUUCAAUGUGAUAGAUCUCAGCAGUUGCCACUCUCAAUAAAUGGUCUUGAAUGAA